AUAAUAAUAAUAAUAAUAUUUACAUCUAUCUCCAGCAAAGUAUGCUGUAUUUAAUCUUUUCUUAAUUAAGACUAGUAAUGCUUAGUUAAAUCCUGGUUGUAUAUAUUCCCAUUCUUAGUUUUGAUAUUUUUAGUGCUUAUUUACUUUGUAUUUAAUAUUAUAUUGUGUUUAAAUUUGCCAAUAUUGUGUUUUUGGACAACCUGCUGCUGUAACGCCACAAUUUCCCAGUUUGGGAUCAAUAAAGUAAUUCUAUUCUAUUCUAUUCUAUUAUACUAAUAAAAAUGAAUAUUUACAGCUACAGAAACAGAUGAAUUGUAAUUUAACACUCAAUGGUAAGCAUAAAUAUUAAACACAUGUUGGGUAUUAAGUAAAUGGGCUAAAUAUAAUUUAAUUUGUUCUGUUAUUUAUUAUGUUUUCUCCUAUCCUGAUGUGUUGCAGCCUUCUCUGUUUACACGGUUUUAAAUGUUCAGUUGAAAAGGGGCGGGGCUAUGAUGACGCGGCCCUGACAACCAGCCCUCCUCGUGUUCGUCUCCCUAACAACCAGCCUGUCAGCUCGCUCGCUCGCUCCGUGCCGCUCUCAGGCCGUCCGGUUCGGAACAAGUAUCCCGUGAAAUAACGGGGGGCAAAACCCCACCCCGGGACUAACCACCAUGGAACCGAACUCGGAGUGAGCCGAGGCCGCCGCCAUGAACGACCGGUACCACCGGGCGGCCCGGGACGGCUACCUGGACGUGCUGAAGGAGGCCACACGGAAGGAGCUGAACGCCCCGGAUGAGGAUGGGAUGACACCGACCCUAUGGGCCGCUUACCACGGCAACCUGGAGGCGCUCCGGCUCAUCGUGGGGAGAGGAGGUGACCCUGACAGGUGUGACAUCUGGGGAAACACGCCGCUCCACCUGGCCGCGGCCAACGGCCACCACAACUGCCUGUCCUUCCUGGUGGCUUUCGGUGCCAACGUGUGGUGUCUGGACAACGACUACCACACCCCGCUGGACAUGGCCGCCACCAAGGGACACAUGGACUGCGUGCGCUACCUGGACUCCAUCGCCGCCAAGCAGAUCACGCUCAACCCCAAGCUGGUGGGGAAGCUGAAGGACCGGGCGUUUCGGGCCGCGGAGCGCCGGAUCAAGGACUGCGCGAAGCUGCAGAGGAAGCACCGAGAGCGGAUGGAGAAGAGGUUCAUGAAGGACUCGGCCGCCUUAGACAACAUGGACGCCAUUAGCUUCUCGAGCUACACCAGCGGCAGCACGCUGAGCCGCAAGUUCAACACGGUCACCUCCAACGUGCCAUACUCACAGGCCACGCUGUACUCCACGUCCAAGGGGAAGGCCAAGAUCCAGAAGAAGCUGGAAAAGAAGAAGCAGGUCGACGGGACGUUCAAGAUCUACGAGGACGGCAGGAAAAGCGUGCGCUCGCUGUCCGGACUGCAGCUCGGCAACGACGUCAUGUUCCUCAAGCAGGGCACGUACGCCAACCCCAAGGAGCGCUCGCGCCUCAACAUCCGGGACAUGUUCCCUCGAGAUGGCGACGACGACGACGCGGACACCGUCUCCCGCGCCUUGAGCGACCCGGGUCUGUACGACGCCGCUUACUCCGAGAUCAGCGCAGACUCUGGACGCGACUCCCUGUUCACCCGGCCCGGGCUGGGCACCAUGGUGUUCAGGAGGAGCUACAUGACCAGAGGGAUGUUUGGAACGGGCGCCGAGGGGAGCGUGGCGGGAAGCGAACCCGCGGGACGGGCGCCUAACGUUCGCCUACGAGGACAGCUGCCUCGACGCUCGCCGAGCUUUGACGAGGACAGUAUCGGCAGCGCCCUGAGCCUGCAGGAGAGGAACCUUCAGGAGCUGCCCUGGGAGGAGGCCGACGUGGGUCUGGACGAGGACUUCGAGCCCGAGAGCAGUCCUCUGGAGACCUUCCUGGCUUCUCAGAGCCUCGGGGAGUUCAUGCAGAUCUUCAGGAGGGAGAAGAUCGACCUGGAGGCUCUGCUGCUCUGUUCAGACCAGGACCUCAGCAGCAUCCACAUCCCGCUGGGGCCCAGGAAGAAACUCUUAGAUGCCUGUAAGAGACGUCUGGACACCUUGGACGAACCAGAGGCCAUCGAGGACACUGAGCUCUGAAGCUCGGUCAGUGAAGGCAACACGGAGACAGCUCGGUCAGUGAAGGCAACACGGAGACAGCUCGGACAGUGAAGGCAACACGGAGACAGCUCGGACAGUGAAGGCAACACGGAGACAGCUCGGUCAGUGAAGGCAACACGGAGACAGCUCGGUCAGUGAAGGCAACACGGAGACAGCUCGGACAGUGAAGGCAACACGGAGACAGCUCGGACAGUGAAGGCAACACGGAGACAGCUCGGACAAUGAAGGCAACACGGAGAC